UCAAUCUUCUCAGCGGGAGAAAUCGCCUAGAUGUGGUCCGAUUCCUCGCUGUAAUGGCGGAAAAGGACUUUCUACCGUUGACACAGAAUGUUGUUCGUGGAUUGAAUGAUAAGCUUUACGAAAAACGUAAAACAGCGGCUUUGGAAAUUGAGCGGUAAGUAUGUCAAGUCAUGACCUGUUUUCCGGAACAAGUACUCGUACGUGUGAUCUUGUUGCGAGUCGUCAAAUCGCUUUAUUAUUUUUGGAGAUCUCCUGCUCUAUUUUCGUUUAUUUAUGUGCUGUAUACUUCUUCAAAGCGAAAAGUCGUAAUAAACCAAACUAAAGUUCGCCUAUCAGAUUAGACACUGCACUAAAAUGUUUGUAAAUGAAGUACGAUUCACACGUGUUGAAAUGUUUGUGUUUUCUUUGCUACCUCGUCGUGAAAUCUUCUGUUUGAUUACUUUAGAAUGGUAAAAGAAUUUGUGGCUAAUAACGACGUGAGGCAAAUAAAACGACUGACUGCUGUGCUCGCUGACGAAUUUGCAGUUUCACACAAUAAUCAUUCGAGAAAAGGAGGUCUUAUUGGACUCGCUGCCACAGCUAUAGCUCUGGGAAAGGUGACCAUAUUUGCUUUCUCCUAACGGAUGUGUGAUUGAUGUUUGUGUUUGUUAAUUGUCAAGCGCUUAAACACUACUGUAACUGUUAUUGGGAGUCAGUUUAUGUUCAAGGAAGUUUAAUGUACUGGUCUCAUUUUACCCCUUAGUAGCAAAGAUCACAACAAUAAUAAGAACAGUGACAAGCACGAACAAUGACAUUCAUUUCUGGUAUACACCACGCAAUGAAUAGUGCUUUUUUGCAGGUGCUGCUUGGCUAAUUUGCAAGUGAUUAGCAAAGUACCUCAGAGUACCUCUGAACAGCCCAAGAGACAAAAUCAUACAUCAAGAAUUUAAUUUCCAACAGUUUUUAGUAUAUUGACAGAAACAAACAAAUAUUUUGGUUUUUAUGUGUUGUAUUCUAAAACAAUUAAUCUCAUUAGCCUUGUUGGAAGUGUUGGAUAUUUACCUCACAGCUUUGCUGCUUGGCAAGUAUCCAGCACUCACACUUAAAUGAAUAAUUGUCAUAUUUACAAUUGUGUUGAUGUUCAGCAGGCAACAAAGAUAGAAGAAACUUGUAUGUACUGCCCACAAUUCUCCUCCUGAAUUUCAAUGAUCUGAGCUACUUUUAGCCAAUUAUGGAAAACAUUCUUCUUUUUAUUCACCUUCUACAACACUUUGUAAUGAAGACCCUUAAGAAGGCUCACGCAAAGAUUUCUCAAUGCAUUAAAGUAAAAUAUUUAAACUCAGACAUUUUCAAAGACGUGAUGGAAGACAUAUCGAUUAUUUAUUUUGACAUUUGUUAACCUUGUAUUUUGAUUGUAGCACUGAUGUGAAGUGUUUUGUAAUGUUCUUUCCAGGAUGCUGGUCUAUAUUUGAAAAGUCUUAUUCCACCAGUGUUAACCUGUUUCUAUGAUCAAGACAGUAGAGUUCGUUACUAUGCCUGCGAGGCACUUUAUAACAUUGCCAAGGUUGCAAGAGGCUCAGUGUUACCAUUCUUUAAUGAUGUAUUUGAUGGGCUAAGCAAGGUGAGUCAAAGUUAACCUUAUCAAAUGUAUUACAAUUAUUAUAAUAAUAAUUUGUAAUUUUGGAGUUUCCUCUCACAUGUCACAAUGGUUGUUUUCAAUGGUGGCAAGGAGGCAACGUAGGAAACACGAAAUAUUGUUCUGACUAAUAUCCUUCAUUUGGGUGAUUAAAUAUUGUGAUUUCCAAAUGGAUGUAACAAAUUGGUACUUGAGCUUUAUGCCAAGCAAUUUUGGCCAGAAAUCAUUUUGUGAUUUCAAAUCAAACUUGCACUGUGUGCUCAUUUGAUUUUGAAAUCAGGUAUACGAUUUCCGACCUAAUCAAAACUAUGAAAAAAUUCUCCAACGCGAUUGGUUAUCACUAGCCUGAUUUAAGCACUGAAGUUGUCUGAUUUUCUAUUGCUCUGAUGAAAGGCUAACGCUCAAAACAUUGGCUUUUUUACCCUUUACGAUGGCUAAUUUACGUUUUCAACUCAGUUGUUAACACUAAAUUACCUGAUUUAAGCACUAAUAGGAGAGUGUACACAUCAUGCUUGUAAUUGGACAGUGUAAUAGGACAGUUAAAGGGACAGUUAACAUGUCAUGCUUGUGUAAGUGGACAGAACAUGUCAUGUGCACAUGAUGUUGUCUCGCAUUUUGCUGAGUUAACUGUUGUUUUUUUUCAUGAAAAGGUAGACUUGCUGUCUAGUUUCUUUCACAAAUUUUGCCAUAAUUUUGAUUAAUUGGUAACAGGACUUUGUGUUAUCCAAUUGUGUCUGUAAUCAUACUUGUAAUUAACAAAUUGGACUCCCGCUUCUUAGUUGUCUGAUUUUGUUAAUCACUCGUAUGAUUAAAGACCAAAUUGGACUCAACUCAGUCCUAUUACCAUUAUAAAUUGCACUCUUUUAGUUCAGAUUACCAUCAUCAAUUGCACUCUAAGUUGCCAAUUUGAUUGUGUGUUCAGCAGUCAUGAAGCAGGCUGUAAUGUUUUUAUUUCAUAGUGUUUAUAUCUAAUUAAUUUAAUGUUCCUAAUAAUAGUUGGUUGUGGGAAUUAUAAGCAUCGAGAUAUAACAUGAACCUCUAAAUAUAUGUCCAGGGGCAAAUGGUUAAAAGGUUGAACCUACUGUAUACCUUUAUGAUGCUCUGUCACAAGUCCAUCAUUCAGCUAAGGCUUGAUCUAUGCUCUUCUAUUAGACUGAGAUGUCAAUUUUUUUCCUUUCAGCUUGCUGCUGAUCCUGAUAUGAAUGUAAAAAAUGGAGCCGAGCUACUUGACAGAUUGGUCAAGGUAGAUUAAGAAAACUGAUGAGUAACCCUUUUCACCUCAGUAUCUGUAGAGAUAUUCUCCAUACAGUUCUCCUUACAUUUCCUGUGGUAUUGACCUGGAGAAUUAGUUUGAUAAUCAAGAGGUUCUUUGGUUGGUAACCAUUUCUUUUAUUCUUGUUACCUACGUGUUUGGAGUUCGCAAUGAGACUGUAAUGAGAGAUUAGAUAUAAGUCGCUUUUAGGAGUUAAAGAGUUAACCCAGAUGUAGUUCAAUAACUCUGUAACUUCUCUUGGAAGAAAAUAUUUAGCAACCCUUUGUUGGAGGAUACACUCAGCCUCUGAUGGUUCAAAUUUUGUCCUGGUUGAAAACUUUUUCACUCCAGUCAACUAAUAUUUUUAUUUCUUUUAGAUUACAAUAACUACAAAUUUAUUGAAGAACAAAGGAAAUGGAAAUGACACUUAUUGAAAAAGAAUUGAUUUAAGGAAAUAUCUGAAACCGGAAUGUCUGGCAAGAAUAGGCAAAUUUAUCCCUUAACCUCAGAUAAAACACCAAAUUCUCUUAACUAGUUUUGAUGGAAAUGUGAAAAAGCAGGGUGUGGAAAUUCCAACUCACAUUUUGUGAGUAUGAGGGUUAUAAGAAGACUAAGGAAAAUGUUUAUAGAUGAGUUGAAUUAACUUUCAAAUAAACAACAGUGAUUACUAUUUUUUAACAUGGAGUUCUUCCAAAAUGGUGAAAAUUAAUUUGUUAAGCUAUCAACCUACCAAUGUCUGGCUUCUAAUUUUUUCCUUACAGUUUUACCCUUGAAUCAAAUUGAAAGGUGAUGAGAAUGAAAGAUGGAAAUAAUCAUCAAUUUAAGAAGUUCCUGAUUGUCCAACAAAUUCUCCUUGUUAAUACAAUAGGAAAUGUAAAGAGAAUGGUGUGGAGAAUAUGAAUAAUGUCAGGAUGUAAAGCAGUUAUAGAAAACUACUGUUACGUAUAAUAUGUGUUAUGUACGUCAUUAAAAAUCUGGAAUUUUCAAUUUCCUUUGCAGGAUAUUGUGACAGAAAGCUCCUCAUUUGACCUAGUAUCCUUCAUUCCACUGUUGAGAGACAGAAUUUACACAGCCAACCCAUUUGCAAAACAAUUCCUGGUCUCCUGGGUGAGUGUAAGGUGUCCUAGCACUGCUAUUAAGGAGAUACAUACAUCUUACUGAAUGGUUUAACAUAUAAUAUGUGCAGAUAUAAUAUGAUUUGGAUAUAAAAUUGACUCUUGACAUUUGUUCUUUGUUCAGUUAGUGGUGCUUGAUUCAGUACCAGAAUUGGAUCUAAUUACACAUCUUCCAGAGUUCCUUGAUGGUCUCUUCAACAUUUUCAAGGACCGCAAUCCUGAGAUAAGGAAAAUGUUAGUAGUUAUAUUAUUCAUUUGAAAUAUUGUCACUAACCCUUUAACUCCCAUGAGUGACCAAAACAGAAUUUCUCCUUACAUUAUUGAUAGAAUAUCAACAAGAUAAGCGAUGAGAAUUAGGAAAAUUAUCAAUUUGGGGAUAAUUAGUUGAUCUAAUACUAAAUUCUCUGAACUAACAUCACAAGAACUAUAUGGCAGAUAGUAAGGAGAAUUACCAAUAAGAUCUUGGGAGUUAAGGUGUUAAAAUACUGUUACGUAAGGAAAAUCUUCAAUGGAGUGUUGAAAAUAAUCUAAAACAGUAUGAUGAAUUAAUAAUGGAGUGAAAGAUUGUCACUUUUGAUUUUCCUAUUGUAUAGGUGUGAAGCAGCGCUCGGUGAGUUCCUGAGAGGAAUCAAGAAAGAAACCAAGAAUGUCAAUUUUGCUGACAUGGUCAAUAUUUUGGUUAUUCACUCACAGUCAGAAGGUAGUAUGAUAGUCAUCUUCAAGUUGCUAUCUUUGGAACUUCAGUUAUUAGACAGUCUUGAUGAUGUUAACAAGAACAUGGUUAUAGCAAUGAAAAUAUUGUCAUUUUUGCAGAUGAGGUCAUACAAUUUACUGCUAUCACUUGGCUGAGGGAGUUCAUCACACUAUCAGGACGGACUAUGCUGCCCUUUAAUGCAGGAAUUUUAAAAGCAAUAUUACCUUGUAUGGCAUAUGAUCAAGAUAAACAGAAUAUCCUUUUUUGAUUGUUAUCACGACUUUGUUUAAAGACCCUCUUUCUUCCAUACUAAUUUGAUUAACAAUAAUUUUUUUUCAGUUUUUUCUGACCUUUUGCCCCUUUAACUCUCAUGUCCUUUGCUAAGUUACUCUAUUUGUGGGAAGGAGACAAAAGGGGGAUGGGGAGAAAGUUUUGCUCCCCCCCCUACUCCCAUUACUGUUGCCCCUAUGACUUUCAUGUCCCCUUGUGAAUUGCAAAUGUUUGUGCAUGCCUCCCUUUACUUUCCCAUUUCAUAUAACCCACCUGCCCCUAUGCACUCUGCCUUUGUGCUUCAGUUUUCCUCUGGUGCCAUGGUAGGAGUCUGCAAAGUCAGCCUCCAGCUUUCUUAGUAGAGCUGCCUCUCAUGCAGAUGUAUUUGCUCUAUAUGCCAGAUAAUGUUGACAGGUACCUCUGAGCAUUUUAGACUUCUUAAUUCAUCAUGAAUCAAAGUUCUGUCCUUGACAGUUAUUCACAUAUCAAAGAGGUGGCCAAGACAGUCAAUCAAAGCUUAAUGCGACUAAUUACAGAGGAUGAUGAUAAGGAUGUUGAUAGUGACACUGUGUCUAUGGAUUGUGACAAUGAUUUUGUGCAGCCACAAAUUCAAACUCAGCUGGAUCUUGGCCCUGUAGUAGAUGUGCUAACAGUGCAGCUAUCACAUAAGUCUAUACAAACCAGGAUAGCUGUUUUACGAUGGGUGUUAUUGCUUCACAUGAAGACACCAAACAAGGUGGGUCUUACUGUCGUAGAUUAUUUAAUAUCAUAUUUAUGUUGAAGAAACUCUGUUGAUAGAGGCUUAGUUUCACAUAUUUUACUUUGCAGCCAUUUGAUUGCACCAACAGCAUUUUUAGAAAACUGGUAUGAUAGCAAUUAAGCCAAGGAUUUAGGUGGAUUCUAGAGUCAGAACUUUCUGAAUAGUUUUCAAAUAGGCAAAUUAGAAAGGCUUGAUGGGCAUAGGGUGAAAGGGAGAAAGUUGGCCUUUCUUUUGAAAAUGAGUGCUUCAGUCUCACAGUCACAUUGUGCAGGGUUUUUCUAGUAGGAUGUAUAUAGUGCUAUUCUCAGUUAAUCAUAGUCUGAACUUUUCUUUAUUUGUGUGACUGUACAUUUGCACAAACAUUUGAAAUAUGUUGCAGAUAUUUGGUCAAAUUGAGCAGCUUUUCCCAGAACUUUUGAAGACAUUGUCAGAUCCAUCAGAUGAGGUAAGAGAGGCCCAGUGGGGUCACAGUUGACUCUGGACUAAUAGUUAAUGUUGUGUCAAUGUGUAACUUAGAUUAUAAUGGUUACAUUUCUCCUUAGGUUGUUCUUCUUGUCCUAGAAGCACUUGCAGAGAUCUCAGCCUCUCCAGCUGGUCCUCCAAGGAACAGUCCCUCUCAAAGCAUGUCUGAAGGUAGCUUGCCAGGCUCAGAGCAGAAUGCAGCCCCUCACAGGCAGCUGAAUAAAUACUUUCAUAAGUUCAUGAACAAUGUCAUGUCCCUUUUUAGAACUGAUAGGAAACUUUUAGAGGAGAGAGGCUCUUUUAUUUUGAGGUAAUGCAUCAUCCACAAGUUGGUAGUUGAUAUAUUGUUAACAUUAUUGGCAAAAAAAAAAAUUAACAAAUCAUGUAGACAUCACAAAGUGCCUGUACGUAUCUGUAUGUAACAAUUUUUGCAGGAUUCUACUUCUAUCAUAAGCUUGCCCUUAUUGUUUGUGAGAUUUGGUAAAAAAUUUGGCUCAGCAUUGAUGGGGUAUGUUAAAAAAAGCCUUCCCUUUCUCUUUGCUGACAAUGCACUGUACUAGGACCCUUUUCUUGAAGUUCUGUUUUCAUUUAAGGUUGGGGUUGCAAAAGUUUUGAAAAUUAUGUGAUAGAGAAACUUAAAAUAGCUAAGAGAAGCAAUAGCUAUAGCGAGAGAAACAAAAUUUGGAUGAGUUAGGAUGCCAGAACCCACUUCUCUGUUCUUAAAAUAUUGAUUUUAAAAUUAUGGCUUUAUGCCCAUAAAGUUACCAGGACUUGCAAGAAAUGUGCUCCUGGUUUGUUGAAAGUUUGGUGGUUAUCAUUUUAAAUGUUGAAGCUACACUUUAAGUUACCUAUUUAUCUCUUUUAAGGCAAUUGUUUUGGAUCAAUUUCUUGAAUGUUGAGAGUUUUGUACUAGGCUUAGUUGUUGUCUUUUUUCUUUUUUUCUUUUUUACAGACAGCUUUGUCUUUUGUUAAAUGCAGAGGACAUAUACAGAGCAAUGUCAGAAAUUCUCCUUCAAGAAAGUGACUUCCAAUUUGCAUCUCUUAUGGUGCGGUAUUUGAAUAUGAUUCUACUCACUUCCAGUGAGUUGUUUGACCUCAGAGAUCAGCUAAGGGAGCUGGCAACAGCAGUAAGCAGAGUCAUUACAUUUUUUUUUUUCAUUUUGGCUUAUCUCAAUGAUUAGGAGAUAAUUAACUACUGGUUGAUUAACUGUGAUCAUGAUAUUCUUAUGUUUUUAGGAGAGCUGUUCUCUUUUCUGUUGUCUAUACCAGUCUUGGUGUCACAACCCUGUGGCAACAGUAUCCCUGUGUUUACUGACACAGAACUACCAACAUGCCUGUGAACUGCUUAUGAUCUUGUAUCCUUAUCAUGCCCAGAUACUAUCUCUGGAUUCAUUUUUCAGUGCACUGCCUCCCUCCACUCAAGAAUAGAAACAGACAAGCAAACUUUGUCUAAUGCAGAAAACAGAUGAAAUGGGUGGGAGUGAUUGGGAGGGGAGGGAGGGGCUGAAGGCUAAGGGGUUUGGAGUUACCUGUGAUGGAUUAGUCACUUCAUACAGCAGAAAUUGAGAUUGGUAGUGCAAUGGGUUUGAUUGGGGUGAGGGGUGUUAGGAUGAAUAUCAGAUAAGUUUUCCUUCAUGAUAGCUGUUAUUCAUAGCACUUUAGAAAUUGGAGAAUUUUGUUGACCUGGGCUAUUUUUUAGUUAUUCGUCUAGGAUAGUCUUUCCAGUUCUUUUACACUAUCAUCCAGCGAAUCAUUUCUUUCUGAAAACCCUUCAAAGCCAACAUCCUCUAGAAAUUUCCUUGACUUAAUUUUUACCAGUGGACAUCUUGAGGUAAAUGUUGAGUUUCUUAUUCAGAUUGAUAAGUUGGUUCAGCUUAUAGAGUCUCCAAUAUUCACAUGUGAGUCAUACCUUUGCUAUCAAUUUCAAUUAAGAAAUUAAAAUAAGUUUCUCUUGAGAGUUGGAAGCUGACUAUGUAGAACUGAUUUUCAUUAAUGUUAUCAGUGAUUUUCUUUUGGCUGUUAAUAAAAGUAAGAGUACACAGUAUAAUGUCCUGACUAGUUCUACAUGUGGGCAGCAUGCAUCUGAUUGGUUGAGAGGGUGUUUUUUUCCACCAAUCACAGAGGAAAAUUAAUUUAAACAAGUGCUGUCUUGCAUUACUUUUGACACUCAGUAUAUUGCUCCAAGUAAGGCAUAAUCACAUUGGCUGAGUACUUUUACAAGUUGUGCCCUAUUUUGAUAGGCCUGCAGGGGGCAUCAAACUACAAACAAAAGCAAAGCAAACAGAGGGGCAGUUUGCAACAAUUCUUGUAUAAAACUUAGGUCAGAUUACAGUAUAAAGUAAAGUAACUUUCCAGGUAACCACACAAUGUUGCUGGUUAUUUGUACUCUAUUUGAUGCAGUUGGGUUUUUUUUUUUUACAGAUUUACGUCUCCAGCUUUUGGACACACAAAAAAAUCAUUUUCUAUUGAAGUCCUUGUAUGGCUUGCUCAUGCUUCUUCCACAAAGUGAUGCUUUUACAACCUUAAGAAACAGAUUAGACUGUGUACCAAAUGGAAGAGCACUGCCAUCUGGCAUAAGGUAAAAUUCACAAAUUCUGUUCCAAGAAAGGUUUUGACUGAUCUUAACAGUAACUAUUGAUGAUUUUGGUUCACCAUAAAGUCAAGUCUCUUCUGAUAAGCACUGAAGUUAAUUAUGAUAUUUGUUCCAUGUUUAAGUUUGUUAUGAGAGUUUGCCUUAGGCAGAAAUGAUAAACCCUUAGAGACAUCAGCUAUUUAGAUUUUUCUUUUUUCCAAGUCCCUUGUACUUGAUACCCCAAAUUUGAUGGCCAUCCUUUGUCAAUGAUGUCUACCAUCACCUGCAUAUUAAAAAACACUAUUUUGGGUGGAGCCUGCAUGCAUAUUUGAGAGAUGCUGUAACUGAAAGGUAGCCCAAUCAAGUCAAGAGGUCUGCAUUAGAAACAGGCAGGGUGCGUGAUUGUGUUGUGCUCUUUGGCAAGACACAACCCUCACUAUGCCCUGUCCACUCAGGAACCUAAAUGGCUACUGGUGAACUGUAAGCAAAACCUGACAAAAUGCUGAUCGGAAUGGGGGGAGUAACCUGCAAUGGGCCAGCAUCCCAUACAGGGGGGAUGGAAACACUUCUUGUUGCUUCAUGCUACAGACCCCAGAAUAAGCUCUUCCUGGAUAGGCCACUUGGUCAGUGUACAAAUUUUAUUUUCUUUUAGGAUUGUAAGACUUAUGGUGCAUGAUUGACUUAAUGCUAUUUUUUUUUCUUUUCCAUUCUUUCAUUUCAGUGAUACUCAUGGUGCACAUGACUUCCCAUUGCGUGAACAUGUUCAAAGAAUAAAUUUCAAGGAACUCCUACACCAGUUCAAGACUGUACAACAAAAACAUUUUAUAAACAAACAUUCUCGCUCUCCACACUUGGCUAAGAAUUUGUUGAAUGUGUAGAUACCUUUUCAGGGUUUAUAUAAUAACAUAUAAAAAAAGUACAAAUUUUAUUUUGAAGGUAUUUCAAGUGUAAAAUAAUGUCAUUAGUUUAUAAAGAUUGUUGACUGCCAGCUCAGUUGGAUCAAAAAUUAUUAAAAAGAUGAUCUUUGUUUUAAGAAUGCAGUUGUUUAUUAAGACUAGGCGAAUACGUUUUUGAUGUUUUACCACAUAGUGACUGCCAGGAGACAGUAUUAACCCUUUACACCCUAACAUCAGUUUUGCAUGUUCUCUAUACUUUUCUUACAGUAUUAAAAAGGAUAAUUUUUUAAUAAUCAAGAACUUCUUGAGUCUGCAAUAAUUUCCUUCAUUCUCAGGAUUUUUAUUUGUUUCAGGGGGGAUACUGUUUGGAAAAAUUAGAUGCUUAUAACUCUUAAUGUCAAAGGUUUAAUGACCAGUGAAGCUUAAAGGUAUUGAGAGUAACAUCUGAAUAGUACUAAUAAGAGGAAAUCUCAAAGGUUCAGCAUCUUGUCCAAAAUUUCUAGAUUAUUACAGCAUACUGUAGUAAACAGAUGUUGAGUACAGUCAAUUGGUGAUGGUAUCAUGUUGAUCCACACUUAAUUGGUAAGGAGGGAAUGAAGGCUUUUGAGAAAGUACAAUGCUGUGAUAAUUGAGAAUGGAUGUACAUGUAUUUUUUCCUUUUCAAGACAAAUUUAUUUACUUAAUAAAAUAACAGCAC